AGCAUUUAUGGUAUUUAUGAUAACUUGUCUUAUAGGUUUCAUGUUAUUUAAGGCAUCACCAAGGUCGGGCAUUGUUAAAUUGGUUCAACUUAAUAAUGGCCAUUACAUACCAGCAAUUGGUUUGGGCACCUGGACUAUGGAUGACAAAGAGGCCAGAGAAGCAAUAAAAAUGGCUGUCAAAAUUGGAUACAGACAUGUGGACACUGCCUGGAGAUAUCAUAAUGAGAAAGGAGUGGGACAGGCAUUGAAAGAUCUGAUAUUAGACAAAGUGAUCGCAAGAAAUGAUAUUUUUAUAACAACUAAAGUGUGGAAUACUUUUCACGGCAGAGAACUGGCAGUUCAAGCAAUCAAAGAAUCGUUAGCCAAUCUGGGCUUAGAUUACUUGGAUUUAGCACUUAUACAUUGGCCAACAGGUUUUAAAGCGGGAACUGAUGAUAUAUAUCCGCGAAAGUCAGAUGGAUCUAUAAUGCCAUCUGACUUUAGUUUAAUAGACACCUGGAAAGGAAUGGAAGACCUUUUUAGGCAAGGAUUGGCCAAAAGUAUUGGUGUUUCCAAUUUCAAUAUAAAACAAUUACAACGAGUACUCAAUGAGGCGUCUAUCAAGCCUUCAGUAAAUCAGUUUGAAACGCAUCCCUUUCUCGCUCAACAAGAGUUGGUUGACUUUUGCCACAAUAAUAGUAUUGCUGUAAUAGCUUACAGUCCUUUAAGACAAGCAGACAAAGAAUUGCUAAACAAUCCGGUGCUUAAAAAUAUUGCUCUCAAAUAUAACAAGACUGUGGCACAGGUAGCCCUUCGGUGGCAAAUUGACAGAAAUGUCAUUAUUAUUGCAAAGUCAUCGCGAAAGGAACGGCAGAUGGAAAACAUCAAUAUAUUUGACUUUAAAUUAGAAGAUCAAGAGAUUAAACAAAUAACGGCUUUGAAUCAAAAUAACCGGUUAAUUGAUAUCCCGGGCAUUCAGAAUCAUCCGGAAUAUCCAUUUGACAAUUAA